CCGUUACUUGCGGUUAAAGCGCAUGUAUCAUCAAACAAAAACAGCGUCCUUAUUACCUUUCUCCUUCAGUCCCUCCCAAAAUCCCUCCCCCACUUAUAACUUAAUUUAAUAAUCACUUUCUAGAUACAUUACAGUUACACUAUACAGCUGCAUCACAUUAUUAUUAUUAUUUUACAUACAAUUAUACAAAUACAGUGAUAUACUGAUACAACACAAGAAAAAAUGACAUUAACGCUAUGAAGUUGCGUUCCAACUACUCUUUAUAUUCUUUAGCUUUAUUCUUCUUCUAAUGCCCCCAAAAUUCUCAUUACCUUACCUAUCUAUCAAUCUUCUUUUUCCUUCUUUUCUCUGUUUACUUUCUUCUCUUCUUUUCUUCAACAUUAUCAUUGUCCUUUUCAUUCUUCUCACAAAUCACUUACAUGCCAAUGAAAUGAACCAUACUCACCCCAUUUUCAUAAUCCACCAUGGUUUCAUAGCUAGCCACUACUACUAAGAAACUAAGAAGAGCGUUUCUUUUUUCUUCUUAAAACUCGGUAUCCAGUCCAAGGACCGAAGAAGAAGAAACUAAGAAUUCUUCUUAAAACUCGGUAUCCGGCCCAAGGACAGAAGAAAAUUGAUUCUAAACUUAUGGCUUCUAGUGCUACUUUCUUUAACAAGUUUUACUAUCUUUUCAUCCUCAUUGUUCAUCUUGGUUGCUUCAUGUUCCCUACCUCCGACGUCGCCGCCACCGGAAAAAAAGAUAACCGCCAAUUAUUACUAUUAAAGAAACGAAAAAUCUCACCUUUAUCUCAACCAUCUUCACCUUCACACCCAAAAUUCAAAACCCAUAAAGCCAUUUCUUCUUCUUGGCAUUUCAUCAAACACCUUUUCUCCACUAACUCUUGCAAAGCUGCCACCGCUACUACCACUCAGUCGUCACCUCAAUCCACCUCUACCUCAAUCAUCACUUCAACCACUGCCAAAUCCUCUCAACAAUCUCUCAUCUCGUUAGUUCAAACCGACCCGAAUUUUUCUGAUCCACCCCGGAAGAAACAACCCGAAUCAGAUAUCUCCGCCGACAACAACCUCUUCUUCCCCCUCCGUAACGACAUCUUCCCAUGCACCGCGUGCGGCGAGAUUUUCCAGAAACCAAAUCUCCUUGAAAAUCACCAAUCCACAAACCACGCCGUAUCGGAACUCACCGGGUCCGACCCGGGUCACAAUAUAGUCCAAAUCAUAUUCAAAUCGGGUUGGCCCGAAACAAACAACUUCCCGAAUAUCCACCGAGUUCUAAAGAUCCACAACAGCCAGAAAAUCCUCUCAAAAUUCGAAGAAUAUCGCGAAACCGUGAAAUCAAAGGCGGCGCGUAACACACGCCGCCGCGACGAACGCUGCAUCGCCGACGGAAACGAACUAAUGCGUUUUCACUGCUCAACUUUUCUAUGCGAGUUGGGACAUAACGGGAAUUCAUCGAUUUGUUCUCAACAAUUUUGUAAUAUUUGCGGAAUUAUUAAAUCAGGUUUUUCACCAAAAUUAGAUGGAAUUUCCACGCUGUCAACUAGCUGGAGGGCAAAUUCGUCAAUUCCAGAUGAAAUGGAACGUGAAUUUCAGUUCAUGAAUGUGAAACGGGCCAUGCUUGUUUGUCGGGUUAUUGCAGGUCGGGUCGGAUCUGAAUUGGAUGAUGAAGUGAAUAAAACCGAUGGAGGUUUUGAUUCUGUGAUGGCGCGUUCAGAGAGUGGUGUGUACACAAGACUUGAUGAUGAGGAGUUAGUUGUUUUUAAUCCUAGGGCUGUGCUUCCUUGUUUUGUUAUUGUGUAUAGUGUGUGAUUUAUGAUGAGAUUUGAAUGAUGAUUAUGAUGACCAUGUGAUGAUGAGUUGUAAUAUUAAUCUAGUGAAGUACUUGUAGUUGUAGUUAAGGAAUCCCUUUUUGACAUGAAUCA